UCGAUGUGUUUCGCUUUCGACGGUGAGGGCACCUUGCUCCACAAUUUGACAUAUAACGAGAACACUCCUGCUAGAUUUAUGGACACGUUCGCAUUUAGGAUGGCUAUCACGUCGUUAUUCUUUGUACCGAUCUUCGUAAUGGUCGUGUGCUACACCCACAUCCUUUUUGUAGUCAAAAAACAACAGAACCGAUGGAACGAUAUCUCGCGGAUGGGCAGCAUAAGGACCAAAGGGCGAGGUAGUCACAAAAUCUGCCGCGAGAAGAAGCAACUGGAGAGCAAUGUCAGAGCGCUUUACACCACGCUCCUCAUCUUGGGAUCGUGCUUCAUAGGAUGGACUCCGGCAUUGCUAUUUUACACCCUGGCGUGCAGCAAAGGCUGCUACCUUCAGGGCGAAGCGUUGGUCGAUCUGAACUGCAAUCACCGCACGACUGUUCUCAUAUUGAGGCUUACAGACAACAUGCUGGUUAUCCUGAAGAUGCUGGCCAACCCAAUUAUCUACAGCAUCAGGAUGAGAGAGAUAAAGGACGGCACCCAUCGCAUGUCGAUGGCCUUGCUGGGCGUGUUCUGUCCGUCUAGGAGAGACGACAUGAUAUCCUCGGGAUACUACUACCGAUCUAGGAACCAAAACAGCACCGGAGGCACCAUACAGCUGAGACUCACUUCCUUUAAAUCGGCUAACCGAAACGGCAGCCACAUAGCGUUAGGAAAAGACUGCGAGAACGCAUUUUUGUGAAGACAAACGAUUGUAGACGGGUAAUCGAUGUUCGCCGUGAGAAUGUUACGGCGUUAAUUUCAUCGGGACGUUAUAAUCGUAUAGCUAUCAGAUAGAUAAAGACGCCUCUAACAAAAAUGAAAAAAGUAAUUAAAAAUAUGGAGAGCGCUACUCGGAUCUGAGUUUUGCACACGAUCAGUUCCUGGUGGCCGAGAGGGCCUUUUACGAAUUGUUUCCAUCCUGCUCUUCUUUUCAAGAUAACUAAAAAUUCUUGUAACCGUGUCUCAGACCUGGCUCCCGAAUCAUACUUUCCCGAUUUUAAGAAUGCAGAUUACUUUCUAAUAAACAAUGCCCUAGGUUCCAUUGAUCGGGAGGGGUUACUGGGGAUCGAUCUCUUGACGAUACGCUUACUUUAUUUUACAAUGUUCUUUAUACGAUAAUCGAAAGAUUUGUGGCUUUCAAAAAGCUAGUUUCCUAAGUGGUUUGCAUUGCACACAAAAAAAUCAAACAUUCUAAUUCUUUUGAUGAUCAUCGAGAAUUCAAUAGGCUCGGGAAGGCUUGCAAAGAUCUGUCUUGCUCGGCAUACCGAAACUCUGUCCAGAAUUAAGAGUCGAGUCCUCCAGAAAAUAUUAAAUCAUCAAAUAAGGGUCCUGGCCCAGAUUGCAUUCCACAGAACUUCGUCAAUGUCAGCACCGUUUACUUCGGUAUAUAUAGCGUUUAAGUUGGGUGUCGACUUGACAUAAUGUUGCUGUUGACAUUCUGCCAAAAACUGGCACCAAUACGAAUAACUCGUCUAAAUAGAACAUUUUAUGUGAUAUUUAGAACGAGCAUUUGGAGUUAUUCACUACUGGGAAUUAGAUUCACGCAAGGAUAACAUUAAUGGUUACCAUUCAUCGAUUGUUUUCAAUGUAGUGCGCAUACGUUCGAUUUUCCAUAUCGAGGCAAAUCAUAUUGCAUAGGGGAAACCCCCCCCCCUUGUGGACAGCCCUUAGUCACCUGGUGUGUCAUUUUCACUGAGUGAUUCUAAAAUUUUAGGGAAGAUGAUUUUAUCGAACGCUCCCUCUACAUCAAUGAACACUCUGGGAGUCGACCCCCGGUUGUCCAGUGAUUGCUCCACGAGCCGCCACCAUAUAGAGAGCAGUAUCGGUUGAUUUCCCUAGGGUAUACGAAUGUUGGUUUCAAUGACGCGGCUUUAUAGUGAGCAUCUCUAAUGUACCGCUCACACAUGGUGCUUACGGGGCGGUAAGUUUUGGGAAAAGGGUAGUAUUGCUUCCCUGAUAAUGGUAGAAACGCACAUCCAUUCCCCACAAGGCUGGAUAGAUGCCGUCAGAUUCAGAUUCAGAUUGUGAAAGCCAAAAAUCUGCCUGUGCGUUACUGCGACGCAGAGGAUCUAUACCUAUAGAGCGACAUAGGCCAUAAUCCACAAGGGACUUCUUGGUGUAGUAGAUAAAAAUGCAGUUACACUGACGUAAUGUGUGUAUGACUGUUUCCUCGCAGUAUACCUAACGGCCUUUCCUUUAUGCCUUAGCAGCUCUUUUGUAAAUUGGGAAUAGAAAUGUUUGUUCUCGUCCUGGGUUCAUAUAUUCCAGUUUUAGUUUUUGAAUCCAGAUUGUACAAGAUUACAUCUGUCCUUAUUUUUGUUCCAAUUUGCCAAUUUUGCUUGGCCGAUAUUUGAGUCUUGUUAUGUUUAACAAUAGGUUUGUGCUGUCUACGUGCAGCGCUGGGACUUCGUCUGCCUUUAUUGCAAUUAUCGGUGACUGCCCUUGCAUCUAUAUGCAACAAAUCUCGCUUCUCCUUGUAUAUAGAUCUGUAUCAGUGGAAUAUCCAGUAGAACCACUAGCGCUGCGAUGGGCGUUGUGUUCAUGGCUCCAGUAACGCACCGAACAGCUACUGCGUACGCUCAUCAUUGGUCCUACUACUGUUAAGUACUACCGAGUUGUAAUUUCGUGACCAGUUUUCUUCUUCUGUACUUUUCUAGUACAAUUACUGUUCUAAAGUAAGCCCUUUGGUUAAAUGCGACUCCUAAUUAGUUUGCAUCCCUGCAAAAGUGUGAUCUUAUUCCAUGUACUGCUGGCGGUUUCAAUCCUGUGGGGACCUGUGUGGAACAACUAUCGGGUUCACUGUUAGUUGCUAGUUUCCGACAGAGUGCUGGUAAAUUUGCCUCGUACCACAAUGACUCGAUCGUCUGCAUAUAACAGGAAGUAAAAGUCUUAAGCAGACAGCUUUUGCAGUAGGUCGUCAACCAGUAUAGCUCAUAUCAGCGGGGAGAGGACUACGAAAUCGAAUGAAUUUAAUCGCAAAAAUAUCUCGGACUUAAAUUGUAGAUCAUAAAAUUAUCUACAAAAAUGGCUGUUGUGCUUUUUUUCCUAGAAGUUGCAUUACAAGCACCCAUUUCCAGACGUAUAAUAAAAAAAACUCAUUAUGUGUACUACAGAGUGACCCAACAAACACUUUCUUUGUUUAACAUUGAUUUCAUUGCAAAAUUUGCAAUAUUUUCAUGUAAUUCAGCCAAAAAUCCACCAAUUUUCAUAUCGCUACAUCUAAUUAAUUAAUUAAAGAAUAUUUUUCAAGUUUUGUGAGGAAACAUUCGUAUAAGGCUUAAUCGUCCUGGUUUCCCUUUCGUUUCGUAUCUAAUAGCUAUAUGAUUAUAAUUGCCAUGGGUGAUAACACAAACACCUACCUACUUUUAUUAAAGAUUGAAGUAUAUGUUGUUAUACAUACAUAGGUAUACGAUUACUAAGUCGUUUCGCCAAAUUUAACCAUUCGUACGAAUGCGUUUCUGCGAGAAUUAAAAUUUAGAGAAGCCUGAUUACUUGUCCGAUCACUUAAAGUCUGGAAGAAAACUAUCAAAGCUGAACCCGAAGCGAAUUAUUCGAAAUAGCACACGAAACAUGGACUGUGACUGUUUGAGAAGUAGUAAUACCUAACUUCUGCAUCAUCCCGUGUGGCAUUGGAUAUGUCAAGUUCAUCAGUUCAGGUUCCUUUAUGCCCUAACCAAAGAAUUCGGAAAUAAGGAAUCAGUUUCGCUACGCAUCGAGAGAUGGGAGUGCGUAUAUGUAUACAGGGUGUCUCCUAUGUUUAGCGAGUUGUUUUAUGUAGUACCUCCUCCUUUAUUCAAUUUUAACCAAAAUUCUGGCAAUUUUUUUUUAACAGUUUAAUUUCUGCUCGCCUGAAAUAUUCGACUUGAAAUUGAAAUAAUAUGUUUUUGAAUAAUUUGAAAGAGAUUGUUUUUCUGCAUAAUUCCCCAAAAAAUGCCGAUUUCUGAACGUAUUAUAUUUUGCAUGUAUGUUUUUACAUAAAAGCACAAACAAACUGCAUUAUAAAAAAAACUUGUAAUACAGGGUCGUACGAAAGGUCAAGAGACUUUGAGAAUGCGAAAAGACACGUAGGUAAUCCCCCUAAAUUAACAUCAAAUUCAAACAUAUCACGUCAAAAAAAACCCUUAAACAUCGGCAUUAUUUAGGAAAUCCUGCAAACCAAACUAUAAUGACACUUUAACUCCCCGUAUAUGUGGUUAAAAUGCUUCGAACGGCACAAAAUUUUUGAGAAAUAGUCCCGUCAAAUAUCGGACAUUUAUUAAAUAACACCCUGUAUAAUUUACCAGCAAAACUAAAGCACGUCGCUAACUUUUUAUUUAGUAAAACGUCAUACCAAAGUUUAAACAAAAAUGAAAUUGCUCAAAGAAAUAUUGUUAUUCAGAAGUAUUAUCAUUUGAGGAAAAACGGUUUUUACGCCAUUUGUAAGCACUAAAAGCAAAUCCCUCGCCUGAAAUGCAUAUACAUGUAUCGAUGUGAUUUUUGUCUGAUGUAGAUGUUCACAUUUAUGUAUAUACUGUAAUAUGGGCAAUAAAUUUAUGUUGAAUUUUGCCAUUUUCCUCAAUCACUCGGUUUAUAGCCCACGCAAAUUUCAUGAUAUCAAGCUCUGUUCUAAUGACACGAGUUAUUUUGAUUUUAUUAUUUACUUGCGCAACAUUUCGACUGAUCAAG